GUACUGAACAUGCCUCAUCUUGCGCUGCUUCUACUUCUAUUCGCUGCCCCACUUGCGCCCCAAUCCGUGAACGAAAUUCUCAUGGAUGAUGAGUUAAUCAUACCAAUAAGUCCAAAUGAGACCAGCACUUCUGUGCCAAACACUACGCCAAAAGCUGUGGACGACGAUCCGUUGACUAAAGGAUCGCUGAGCAAAUCCCAUAAAAGCUCAACACGUCCGAAAUUUGUCGAGCUAGCUAUGAGACCGAAGCGGCAGCUAGAUGAGGACCACGGCGUUCUUCUCGGCCAAGAUCAGGGAGAAUUCGUACAAGCAGACUAUGAGCAGGGAGAAUUCCAAGAGGGAGGCGGACAUUUUGUCUCGUACACAAUAUCGCACGAUACAACAGUUGAUCGAAAAGAACGAUCUAGUGAGGAAGUGGCCACAAUCCCACCCUUCGAACCAAUCGAAGUCAUCGAAUACGAAACGGAUGACGAAGGGUCUGGCCUUGACCAGUUCAAAGAUCAAGCGGACAAAGCUGGCAAAUCGCGAGAAAUGGAGCUUCCACCCGCACCAACUCCUCCGCCUCCUCUUCCGAUGGACCUGGAAAGGAAGCCUGUGCACGAGACAAUUCAGCAAGGGCCAAAAGGAGAACGUGGAGAGCCGGGACCACCAGGAGUGUGCGUGCAACAAUGCCGGGAUGGUCCGCCAGGGCCGAGUGGUCCCAUUGGACCGCAAGGACCUCAGGGUAUUGAAGGCCCACCUGGACCUCCUGGACCACCAGGGGAACCUGGCUAUGUUCAAACGUCACAAUUUGGGGAAAUGCAGCCUAUGCCUGGCCCACCAGGACCACAAGGUCCACCUGGGCCUCCAGGGCCGCAGGGCAUUCAAGGUCCGCGAGGUGAAACCGGUUAUCCCGGACGAGAUGGUCGUGAUUUUCAGGGUUUGUCUGACAGAGACAUUGAGCUAAUUGUCAGGCAUCCUCUACUCAAGGGAGAGAAAGGAGAGUGCGUCCACACAACCACUACCGUCUUUCAACCAGCUCCUAUAGAGAAUGUGUUACCGCAAUAUGAACGUGAGCCGUCACGCCAAGGGCCUCGGGGAGAGAAAGGAGAAAGAGGAGACCGCGGAAUGCCAGGACCGCAAGGACCAGCUGGACCACCUGGGCCACCUGGACCGGCGGGACCAGGAGCGGGGCAUCAGGUGCCGUACGCAGGAGGGGACUCAAUUGUGCGGGUCUAUCCGAGCACACAUGAAUUGUUUUCCUCUCGAGUACACAUUGGAACUCUUGCAUUUGCUACCGCUACGCAACAACUUUAUAUCAAAGUGAAUAAUGGCUGGAAGGAAGUUAUGCUCGGCGCAUUCCAUCCAAUAGUGGAGCAACGUCAGUCUGUGGAAACCGCUCGACCAGUCUCCAGACCGCCACCGUUAGCACCACAGCCAGUGUCACGACCUCCUCCAUCGGGUCCUCGUCGAGAACUUAUUGGACCAGCUCCUCCUCCGGCAUACCCCGCGCCACCUCCGUAUCCUGCCCCUCCGCCGCGGUACCCAGCUCCAUAUGCAGGACAUCCUCCUCCUGCGCAACCAAUGCCUUCCAUAUAUCCACGAGAUGAAGCCGCUCCGCCCGUUCUAGCUUAUCAAAGGGAGAAACCGGCACCUCCCCCUCAAAGGGAGAGACCAGCACCUCCCCCUCAAAGGGAGAAACCAGCACCUCCGCCGCCACCACGAUUCCACCCAAGACCACCUCCAAGUGAGGUUGGUAUGCAUAGAGACCGUUCGAUCCAUCUGAUCGCUUUGAAUAAUCCUUACGAUGGAAACAUGCGUGGAAUGCGCGGCGCGGAUCUCCAAUGCUAUCGCGAGGCAAGAAUGGCUGGUUUUACAACUACCUUCCGUGCAAUGCUUUCUAACAAUGUGCAGGAUUUGCUCCGAAUUGUCCACACAGCCGAUUGGGACACACCUGUAGUAAACAUUCGUGGUGAGCAUUUAUUCGCAAGUUGGAGAGCAGUGCUCAAUGAUGGGCAACGCACAACUCGUCCACUGUACUCAUUUGACAAGCGUGACGUCAUUGUUGAUGACCACUGGCCAGACAAGCGCAUAUGGCAUGGGACGAAAAGCGGUGGAAUACGCGCUGGUGACUACUGUGAUGAUUGGCGAUCUAACUACGGUUCUCUGUCUGCUAUGGCUGGAGAUUUGCGAAUCCCAGGUGGUUUGAUUGUGGAAGCUCGGCCAACCAGCUGCGACCACAGACUUAUCGUUCUCUGUGUGGAGAAUAUGUCAAGAUACAACACUGACCGAAUUCUCAAGAAGAAACGAUUGCUUGAUUUCGUCUUCUAAGUCACUACUCCACGCCAUGAGCUACACCAGCCGCUGCGUAUUGAGGAACGAUACUGUACUGUAGGCGUCAAAUCGUAAUUUGCAUAUUUUCCCUAUCACCCUGAAACACAUCUCAAUAAGGAGUCUGCCGUCACGUCCGGUGUUGUUCUUGCCAUUCCCUCCGUUGUAAUAAUUUCACUUGUAUUUUGUAUAUUUAUCGCCCGUAUAAGGUGAUAUGUCAUUAAGAUCACACCGGAUAUAACUUAUUUAUUUUUUUUAUUUUUUCUAGAUAAUUUUCAUGCAAUAAUGCACAAAUGCCACCGAAAUCUUUCACUAAGUUUUGUUUUAGGUCGCUUCUAUAUGUGCAAUGUUUGUAUAGAUCUGUUCAAGAUACUGAAAACUUUAAGUAAUAAUAUUUCUUAUAAAGCAGAAUCUCGUCUUGAAGCUUUGCUCUGUAGAAAGUCAUGCAUAUGUCUUUUGAAGCCCUGCCAUCAGAAAUUUUUUGGCGUUUAUAUUACUGUGUUAUUAUAGAGCAGAUAUUGGUCGUCGCAACAUUUGUUUAGUCUUGCGUUUUUCAAACAUUGUGAU